CCGAUGACAAAUAUUCCCUAGUCGGAGAAGACGCCUCGAGCCGAGCGCAUGGGGUCGAGACGCCUGGCUCAGCUCUCGUCGAUUUCGAUACGCACACGCAAGCUGUGCCGUGCAUAGUUUUUCCUUUUCCUCGCAGUAGCCGCUUCGCGCGAGCCGCCGGUUCGGGCCCUGGAACGCGAUCGCCCGAGCCCCGAGCGUUCCAUAUGUUAAAGGCCGAUUCGUUUAAUCUACCAACUAUUUUCGAGUGCUGCCCGCAUCAGAGGCGGGCUCGAUCCGACGAUGGGAAGCAGGAAUUCCGAGGAUUACCAGAACGCCGGCUUCUCCAAUAAAACCGAGGUAAUUAUAUCGAGAGAGCAAACUUUGCCUCUCCCCCUUAAAAACAAGGCUUCGCAACAACGUAAUGCGCAGUCGGAUAACGAAAGCAACGAGGAGCGCUACCCCCAAUCGCCGGUGCUGCUGGACCUCGACGAGAACUCGAAGCAGCAACAGCAGCAGCGGCAACGGCUGCAGCUCCGGGAAACAGGCGACUACAACGGCGUUCAGCACACGGCGGCAGAGCUGACGGAGGAGGAGUUGGCGAUCCGUAGGCAGAAUUUGAGGAAGCGAUGGCAGGACGCCGCGGCAUUCGAACGACGCUCGCUGCAGCAGGGCGAUCAGGUGCUGGCGAUCCGAGUGCCGGAGCCGGAGCUCCUCGGCUCGCAGUCCAGCGGCGUCAAGGCCCGCGAGCCUUCCCAGACCGAGAAGGACUACAAGAAGUCCGCCUGCGACAGGGAGCGCACCCGUAUGCGCGACAUGAACCGCGCGUUCGAGCUGCUCCGCUCGAAGCUGCCCAUCUGCAAGCCGCCCGGCAAGAAGCUCUCGAAGAUCGAGUCGCUGCGCCACGCCAUCACCUACAUCCGACACCUGCAGAGCCUGCUGGAGCCCCAGUACGGCUACGGGCCGGCGCCGAGCUCGGCACCGCCACCGCCGCCCCCGACCUACUUCGCCGCGCCGACGGGGCCUUACGCGGAGGUGCAGCGGGCCCCCCGGUGGGACGCCUACGCCUACUACAGGUACGACUACCACGCGCCAGCCUUCGCCGGCCUGCCGCCCAUCGGAGUGCCCGGGAGGGCCGCGCUUCUCGACCACGAGCACCCGGAGCAGCGGCACCAGCAGUUCGCUUACGAGCCGAGACCGUAGCUGGCUUAAUAUUAUGACUUUGGAGCUGUAUUUUUACAAGAGAGCGUUUUGUAUAUUUAUUGUGUAAUGUAAUUUUUGUAUGCUGCGCGCACACGAGAGCAAUAAAACACUUUGUCGAUAUGUACAUACGUAGAGAGAGAGAGAGAGAGAGAGAUACACGCGGUGAACUAGUUCUCGCCGCAGCCCUUCCCGGAAUGUCACUCAACGCCUCGGAAAUAGCUCGACUCGAAUCCCCGAGGAAGAGCGCGUGCAGCCGCGCAUGCAUAUACUGUGUGUAUGCACAUAGGUAUAUAUAUAGGGUGACGGUAUACUCGCUUGGAAUUGUAAAUUGCGCCGCGAGGAGGGAGAUGCAGCAAGCGCAAUCGCGAGACUUUGACGUCCCAUUGGACAGGGGAAUUCGAAAAUUCAACGAGAUAGCUCACUUUGCGGGUGUGAAAAUAAGAGCAGCUGUUCGUUAAAAAAAUUAAACUUUAUUAUUGCAAUCAUCAUUCUUUCUCAGUAUAUAAUAUCGAGUUUUUAAUCGUUCAGUAUUCGUCUGUUUGCGUUAUGUUAGUAAAAAAUAUAUUACGCAUCAAGAGUUCCUA